CUUGAUUAUUCGACCGUAGCCAUUGGUGCAAUUGCUGCUGGAGGAAAAGUCACUCCAAUUAAUCCAUCAUAUACGGUUAAUGAAUUAACUUAUCAGUUAAAAGAUUCUGACGCAUCCGUUAUUAUUGUUAAUCCUUUAUUACUCUCAAUCGCGAUUAAAGCAGCAAAUAUUCCAAAAUCCAAAAUAUUUUUGUUCGGUGAAGAAGAAAUUAACGGAAUUCAACCUUUUUGGUCUUUCAUCUCUAAUCAAGAAAUCAAUCCAAUUGAAUAUACACCAGAAGAAGCAAAGUCAACUACUGCUUACUUAUGUUAUAGUUCUGGUACUACAGGAAAGAAUAAAGGAGUUGAAACUACUCAUACUAAUAUUGUAUCAAAUUUAGCUCAAAUAUCCACUUUCGAAAAAGGAUUCACUCAUCAGACCUCUCUCAGCGGAUUUCUCCCUUUCUUUCAUAUGUACGGGUUGACCUUUCUUAUACACCUUGUUAUUCUUAAGGGAGCUUUGUGCGUUAUUCUUCCUAAAUUCGAAUUAGAGCUAUUUUGUCGAGUAAUUCAAGAUUAUAAAGUAAAUUUAGCUACGGUUGUUCCUCCUGUUGUUUUGCUCUUGGUUAAAAAUCCCAUUGCAAAGAAAUAUGAUUUAUCAAGUUUAAAAUUGGCUAUAUCCGCUGCCGCCCCUUUAAGCAAAGAAUUAAGCGAUAAUUUACUAGAAUUCAUAAAAUUCCAAUCAAACAAGCUUACGGUACGAUUAACUGAGACAUCUCCACUUACCCAUAUCGCAGAGACUAAUAACAUUAUCAAUGGUUCGAUCGGAAUUCUCAUUCCAAAUGUGGAAUGUAAAAUAGUUUCAGAGGAUGGUCAAGAGCUCGGAUUUAAUGAACCCGGCGAAUUUUAUAUUCGUGGACCAAAUGUUAUGAAGGGUUAUCUUAAUAAUAAAGUAGAUACGGACAUGUGUAUUGAUAGUCAUGGUUGGUUUCAUACCGGAGAUAUAGGAUUCGCUGACCCUCAAGGAAAUUUUUUCAUUAUCGAUCGCGUUAAAGAAUUAAUUAAAUACAAGGGAUUUCAAGUAGCACCAGCUGAACUUGAAUCGAUUUUGAUCCUUCAUCCGUCAAUUGAUGAUGCUGCUGCCAUUGGUGUAUAUUCCAACGACGGUGUAACAGAAUACCCGGCAGCAUUUGUAGUAUUAAAAACAAAUAUAAUUCAAUCCGAUCAGAUAAAAGAAGGGAUUAAAGAAUUUGUUUCUCAAAGAGUUGCUGAUCAUAAAAAGUUACGUGGUGGUGUUUAUUUUAUUGAUCAAAUCCCUAAAAGUCCAUCUGGUAAAAUUUUGAGAAGGCUGUUAAGAGAUAGAAUUAAACAUAUGCAUUCAGAUAUAGUAAAAGAAAUCAUAAUUUAA